AUGCCGGUCCAGAGAUCCGCGCCGUUGCCCCUGGCAUGUGGCCAAAGAUUUGCCGCAUCGCCAGGAGUGGAGAGACCGUUUAGACAGCCCCUGCAGAGGUCCGCGCAAUCCUGGGAUGUCCGGCGGUUCCCCGCUGCUUGCGCCGCGCUUGGCGCAACUUGCGCCCGAUGUCCUCGAGGGAAUCGGAGAUGCUCAUCCACAAACAUUGUGGCCAGGCGUGCUGAGAAUACUGACAGUGCUGAGAUGGGUUUUCUCAACAAGGAGCUGGAGAAAGAGAUCCUGGCGGCUGAGGAAACGGUGCAGGCGUUGCGCCACGCCUUGCUCCGCGCAGAGCUGCGCCUCAAGGCCCUCCGGCAGCGCCACGCGGACCACGCGGCGCGCGCGCGGAAAGCGGAAAGGCCAUGUGCGGAGGACGCAGGUUUGAGCCUGGGUUCCUUUCUCCCAUCGACUACCUCCAAAGUGGGAUUUGGGCAGCUCAGAGGAUGGCUUGCCCAGCAGAGUGUGAAUCUGCUGCAGCAAGCUGAAGCUGCAGGUGCGCAAGAGGCAGAGCUGCGUCAGCAGCGGCAGCAGCGCUUGGAGAAGCAGAGCGAGGAGGCGCUGCAGCGCGCGGCGGAUCGGCAGAGCGAACGCGUGGUAUGUCAGCAUGUCUUGGACUUCUUGGACCGUUUGGAGGAGGGCUCGGAGUCAACAGCUGUCCCAUCGGAGCAGCUCUUCCUGCGGUGGCUCAGGGACUUUCACAGCGAGUACGAUGAGACCUGGUUCGAGCAGAACUUGAUGCGCAUUGAUCUGGCUUUCCGACACAUGUUUGAGGAUGCUUUGCGCAAGAGGCUACUCAGCUCAGCAAAUUUUGAUAUUGGAGGUGAGGACACCGAAGUCAGGUGGCAAUGUACCACUUCUGAAAACGCUGCUUGGCUGCAUGAGAUGAACUGCUGUUUUGCCAUGGCUACCAAAACCCGGUGUUUUGCCGCUGGAAUUCCUCGAUUGCCCAAGAACUCCGAGCACUUUGGCAGUUUUAGGGUCGAGAUGGAAGCACCACUGCAGCUCACGGGACCCGAACUCCUGGCGCUGCGCUUCGUAUCUUCCACGGUGGUCUCUUUGCCUUUCCUGGCGACCAACUGGCGCAAAGUGGGAGCCCUCUUGGUGCCUUCGACUGAGCUGGCCAUUUGGCUGUUCGCAGGCUAUGCGCUUCAAAUCCUGGGCCUAGAGAAGACAUCCGCCUCCACCUGCGCGGUGGCGUCGGCCUUGACGGGGCCCUUUGUGCAGAUCUUGGAAUUGGUGGUGGAUGGCAAACAGUUCUCUCCAUUCGUGGCCCUCUGCUCUGCUGGAACCUUUGCAGGUAUUGCCCUCUUCGUCUCAGCACCGAGUUUAGCCGAGGAAAGCCUCUUCGAAAGGUUUUGGAACAUCCUGAAGAUGAUUGCGCCGCAAGGAGGGCCCUUGUCCCAUGAGGCCAUCUUGAAAGGAGUUCCCGGAGAAGCCCUUGCCAUCACAGGUGCCUUUUUAUUUGCGGUGCACGUAUACCGUAGCAAUCGUUUGAUUGAGGAAGGUGAUCCUACGGGUCGCGUCUCGGGCACCGACUUCGCCGUGGGACUGGCAGCGGUGCAGCUGGCGGCUGCUGCGGUGAUUUGCAUCGUGGCCAGUGCCAUCGACAGUCCCUACAGCACGGCCGAGCAGUUGCGCAUUGCUGGGCGGCUGCAGCCCAGGAUUUGGGAGGAAAUCCUCGUCUGCGGAGUCCUUUGCACAGGACUCCCUGCAGUUGUUGAGCUUUUCGCCUUCAACUAUGUGGGCCCAGCUGUGGCCUCGCUGAUCUAUUGCACCAUCCCUUUGUGGGGUACCUUCCUGUCCGUGAUCUUCUUAAACGAAAAGCUGGGCCUGCAGGCCAUCACUGCUGCUGCCAUCAUCCUGCUCUGUUCGUUCGCGCCCAGCCUGCGCGAGCUAGCAACCGAAAGCGAGGAGUGAGCUGAGCAGAAAGCCACACAUCGGUGCCAUCCUGGUACUGGGUGAUGGACUGGUGGCGGCUGAUAAUAA